AUGGCGUGUGCGAGACACGGUCAGGGGUUGACAAGUGUGUCUGUAACGCUGGCUACUCGGGGGCAUCAUGCGAGUUGGCACCCAUGAAUUGCCAGUGUCUCACAGAUAGAAUGAUCGUGUCAAUGGCCCCUCCUGGUGACUUUUCUAACGGAGAGGGUUACGUUGAGAGUUACAGUGCCGAACCCACCUGUAACACGGCGCGCAUCGACAACACCCAAACCAUCACCGUUAGCUAUUUGGCCGGCAGGUGCGGAACGGCUACCAGGAGAGACCUACCGAAUGGCUAUGCGUAUACCCGAACUUUCGUCUACCGCUACAGCCGUAUUAUCCGUACCGGCACCGACAUCCGCUUCCAGUGCAACUGCAUCUUCGACCCCAGUAACAACGUCCUCUACGCCAGCUUUGGAAACAUCAACCCCAAUGACUUGAGCAACCUGAUCUUCCAAAAUGCCACCAACUACAUCUCGCCCAUCACCUACACUAUGACCAACACCUUGGGUCAGACCAUCAACCAAGGCUCAGCGCUCAGGAUCGGAGAUGAGAUCGUGCUCACCUUCAUCGCUGAUGGCGGCUACUGUGCUGUAUUCGACAGACUGGUAGGCACCAGCCCAGGCAUCCCCAGCAAUCAAGCUGUGUUGAUAGACAAUGGAUGUGUGACAACACUAGGCAAGUCUGUGGUCAAGCCUGACCCGUUCUACAACAGUGACCUGUCUAGCUUCACAGUGAACCUGUACGCCUUCCUCUUCGACAACAGCAACUCCCUCCAACUAUCGAUCUUCUACCGCAGCAGCACCGACCGUACCCAGUGCUCACUUCCGACUUGCUCCACCACUGGGAGAAAGAAGAGAGAUACUGAAGCAACUGAAGGGGAAGAGAACGUCAUCAACCAGACUAUCUACAUCAACACGCCAUACGAACAAAGCAGACUCACGGACCAAAAAACCGAAGAAUGCACGAUGUCCAGCAACGUGAUGAUCGGACUCAUCGUCCUUGCCGCCAUAAUCUGCGUCCUCCUUGUCGUCUGCUUCAUAUUUGGACUGCGCAUGCUCACGGCCAGGAACAAAAACAAGACCGUGAACUAAAUCUGAAAAAAUAUCGCCAGUGGGCUAAAAAAGGGAAACCGACGUCGAUUUGAAGAAAUCAAAUUACAUUUGGAUAAAAUGCAUAAACUUCCUUUUCAUGAAAUAGUAUAACUAGGGCAUGAAUUGGAAGUUUACGUUCAUGACACCAGUCGACUUUGGUGAAGGUAUUACCAAAAAUAUUAUGCCUUUUAGAAGGCAAUAAUAUGUCAGACUUUCGUCAAAAAUCUUGUAUUAAGUAUUCCCUGCAUGUCAAAUCUGUUUUGUACUUUCAUUUUAUCAUAAUAAACCCACUAACGUAU